ACAGGGUGAGUGUACGCGCGUGUGUUCCUGUUCCUGUCGGAUGAAACAGCGCUAGCAAACAAACAAACAAACAAACAAAGGCAGUCGUGGCGGAAGAGGAGCGCUACUCCCACAGUGACCCUUCUCCACGUGUGGCGGGACGUGACCCUGUGACGCGCGUGUCUCUUUGAAGCAGCUAGCCGCGCUAACUGUCGCGGUCCUCCUCGGUCCACCGUCCGCGCCGGGACCCCACGCUCCGCCAGCCCAGCUGUGUCCGUGAAGCCGCCGUGGAGCCUGGGUCACACCGCGCAGAACGUUGCACACUCAGUUCGCUGUCGCAGCCCAGUCACCCGCCACAGUGUUCGUCACGCCGGCAUUAUGGCGACCCUGCGCUUCGGACAGCACCUGAUCAAGGCCUCAUGCGUCUUCCUGCAGACGGAGCUCUCCUUCGCUCUGGUCAACAGGAAGCCAGUGGUUCCAGGACACGUGCUGGUGUGUCCACUCAGAGCCGUGGAGCGCUUCGGACAGCUGCGACCCGAAGAGGUGGCCGAUCUCUUCAGCACCGCUCAGAGAGUCGCCAACCUGGUGGAGAAGCACUUCAAGGCCUCCUCCCUGACCAUAGCCAUCCAGGACGGACCUGAAGCUGGACAAACUGUGAAGCAUGUCCAUGUCCACGUCCUGCCUCGGAAGACGGGCGACUUUGAGAAGAAUGACAGCGUCUAUAAUGAGAUCCACCGGGGGAGCAGUCUGAAGUUGAUGACAACAACCAAACAUGGCGGCUGUGGAGUCAGUACUGAUCAGCGUUGUGAGAUAUAUGGCCACUGCAGGACGGAGAAUUGCCGCCAUUGUUACGUCUUCUUCCUGUCUCAUUAGAGCUACGUAUCCGGUCGAAAGAGCUGCUCUGUUUGACCCAAACCCCUGAGGUUGCUUUAGGAAUACGGAGGGAAUGAAGGCAGAGGACGGAAAGAAGACUCCGUCCGGAUGUGGAUCUGUGAGCAUCAAUGGACCGUCAGAGAAGGAAACAGGAAAUGGGCUCCACACAUGUGGAGUAUUGACAGUGGAUACCACGUCCUGCUCUGUGUGUACUCCAGGAGGCGCCAUCUGAGCCCAGAUUGAGUCGUGGCGCCGGGAACGGAGCGAAAUACGGUUCAGGCCAAAAUCAUUUAUCGCUCCAUUGGAUCUGAUGCUGAGAGUUCGGUGCCACUGUCUGCACAUUUCCAAGCUGCUCUGUUGGUCGCGCCCUUGGCCCCCAGGGCCACGUGAACCCUGUGACUGAGUCGGAAGGCGGCAGCCGCUGAUUGGGCAGUGAAAUGUGGGACUCAUUCUUCAAAUAGAAGCUGCAUGCAUGACAGAUGGAUGGAACCUGGCCUGGCCAUGGGCGCUCGCUCCUCUGAACCCGUCUUCAUGUGCACCCGAGAGGACCAGGUCUGAAAUGGAAGGCAAAAUGAGACGUUCAACAGCGUGCUGCCUUCUCUGACAGCCUGGUCCCGGAACAAUGGACACGUUCACGAGCCGAUCUGGCUUCAUGUUGCUCUGAGUUAGAGCCACAGUGACAGUGACUCGCUGGAUGUAGCCUGAGGAAGAGGCUUCCACUUAAGGACGGGCAGUUUUCACGGUGCCUUUUUUCAUUGGGCCUCUUUGACGUCUCUUUCCUUUCGAUUCACUUGUACAUUUCCGCACCUCCCACUCAUCACACUUGCAAUGCUAACAGGAACUAGCGUGCGGCGCGUCCUCCUGAUCAACACGUUCCUCUGGGAUGGAAGUCCUCGUCCAGCGAUCCUAUAGCCAGUCGCCAGUUUUGCGUCGGCCAACUCUCGUUUUUUGGAAAUGCUUAUUUGUUUAAACUUGAUGCCCCACCAAGCUUGACAGCUGGGAACAUCAAGCACUGACUUUCAUUCCUUCAGCGUCGCACGUCGACGUGUUGGGCUUGGGCUUUGGGCAUAUCCUGCCUGUGCGGGCAGCGCGGCACCUGAAGGAGAGCUGGAGGUUGGGGUUCAGCUGAGCCAUGGGGUGGAGCUGUUCCACAACAUAACUCGCCAAACGUGUCUACUUUAAGCUCCUCACGUUCCUCACCAGAAGCUCGGCCCCUGACUGGAACGCUACUCAGGAAGGAGUUUGUUUCCGACUAGUUUUGACUCAAGUCAAUACAUUCCACCAUGGGAGGGAGGGUGGGUUGAUCGGCUUGGUGGGUCCGAGGUUCCUCCCUGGUGCUGGAGCAAACAUCAGGAGCAGGAGGCGUGGACCACUUCACCCUCACACACGAUUAGAGCAGGCUUCAAACACAAUGAUAUUUGAUGUAAAAGACGUACAAGCUCACUUCGUCCCCUCCUCACACUAUAAUACGAAGAAAGAAACAAGUCCAUCGACCAGUAUUAAACUGUAACACCAGCUGUCAGCUGGGUCCAACUCCAUGCAUGAAACCAGAGGAGGGACCAAAGCUCGGCGGCAUCUUCUCGUACUGUAGUUGAAAGGCCCCCCCCCCUCCUCCCCCGGGAGCUGGGCGAGGACAUGGUGGUGAUCAUGGCCUGGUGACCACGCCGGAGGCGACAAACCUGCCGUGACUGACCCGCAGCGUCCUGCCUGGCUGUCAGCAGACGCCAAGCUAAUGAAUCGCUUCACUCCGGGGAAGGUUUUAAUUUGCUCAAUAUCAGAAAUGCAAAUCCAUAAAGUUUCAAUCCUUUUGUUUGUUUACUCUGAAUAAUCCACUCCAUGGAAACACCCCCCUGCGCUGACAUGAGCUGAGGAACUGUGCGGUCCCCCACAGCAGCAGGGGACUGGUGCAUCUCCUCCUGGCUUCCUGCAGCACCUCAGCCAGCAAGGUCCUCCUCACCUGUCACACUUGGGGUGUGAAUGUGGGGGCCCAUUUCAGACCACAGCUCUAACCAAACCUCUGAAUUAGUGCUCAGGCUUUGCUCAAACUAACCUAACCUCCGAUGGUUUGGUUUGAGCUGGUUAAGAUUGACAGCUCAGAUUCAGAGCUGGAGCUCUGACUCACCCUGCCUGCUGUACCCGGCCCAGUAACAGGUUUUCCCAGCCAGUCAUCCAGUCCAUGGAUGAGUUGAACGCACAGCAUCUGGAUUCCACCCUGGACCUGCUGCGCCUGAGGCUGCAUCAACAACACUCCACAGGUGGCUGCUCUGCAGUCAGAGCGGAGGAGCGCCACCCGCCGUCCACGCGCUUCACUCUGGGGCUCAGAUAUGUGGAAUGUUUGAUUGUUGCGUGUCGCCCUGACUAGCAGCCGCAGGCGCCAACAGCCGUGUUGAUCGCAGCCGUUUCCCUUCAGGCUAAAGCCACCAGCUGCCUCAUGAUGCCGCGAGACGCGGAGGAUGACUUCUGAACAAACAGAACCGUCGGAUUUGCCGGCAGGAGACUUCAACCAAGCAAACCGGACGGCAGGCCUCUCUCACACCAGUCUGGUCACACCAGUCCAGUUUGUCCACUAGGAUUUGACCUAGUUUGAAGAGCAGCAAGGAAACACAUGGCCCCGGGGCCCUGUCCAGUACUAGAGCUGGUUCAUGACUCCUGAUCUCAUCUGUGAUCAAUAACCAGAUUGGAUCUACUCACACGUAAACAAAGCAAAACCUUCUGAAGCGACAUGAAACCAUGGGAUCAGCACAAAGAUAUUUGUCAUGGAAAAGUCCAACCAGCAGCAGAAGCAGGUGCAGGUCAUGUUCAUCACAUUUACUGAAGAACAAAAAGGAAAAAAACACCUGAUGCAAACUGUGGAGAAAAUUGGAAAAACUGAAUACAAUUCUCAAUAAAAUAAAUAGAAUAAAACCAUGUCUGAAUAUUAAACAAUAUAUUUGAUUUAAACUCCAAAGAAGAUGUGAGUGAAGUGUAGAUCACAGUCUCACCGUUUCAAAACUGCUCCAACAGGUGAACAGUGUUUCCUGUAGGGGGCGCCAUCACUUCCUUCAUCACUGUUUCUUUCCAAGAACAUACACUGUCCAACUGUGAGAGGCUGCAAAUCAAGUCUUUCAAAGAAAUAAAAACAAGUGACUUCAUUAUAGGCAAAGUGUUAUGAAAGCCAUAGAUCACAAUAACAUCAAGCUUCCUGAGCAACAGUUGUGAAAAAGUCAACACUUAAUUUAGACAUAAAAGAUCUCCUCAUGGUGGCUGGCAGAAGAGCAACAGGCUCCAGACGCCUCGUCGUAUGUAACACGAGUGUAAUGAUAGUGAAAGGCCGAUCAGGUAUGGUUGCCUGGGUGACGGUCCUUUCUCCUCACCAGCUUCUUCUUCUGUCCCUGGCACUUCUGUCUCUAACAUCCGUGGUCUAACAUGUUGCCGUCUCUCCUUCUCCACACGUCCCUCUGAUAGACUGCCUUCUGAUCGUCCAAAUCCCUGCCACUGAGGACCUCCUGCUCUGACUCUUCUCACCAUCACGGCACCCUCCUCCAGAGCUGCCGCUCUGCUGCGCGACUGACCACCACCGACAGUCGUCUCGGUCCAUUUCAAUGGGACGUGAACACGCGUGCUCAGCUGCUCCUCCGCUCUCUCAUGUUGGAACAGGUGACUCACUUGGAGUGAGGCGGGGCACAUGGUGGUGUCUGUGGUCUGCCGAGGCGCCUGGUUCACCAGGGGCAGGUGUCUGACACGCAGUGGCAUCACCGCAGCCACUCGCUCACCUCUCCGUCCCGGCUGUCUGUGACGCUGCAGCCCGACGUGUUGACAGAUGAGCGCUGCACGCAGCAAGGUGCCGCUGGCGAUGCUUUAAAGCUGCUUUUCAUCGGAAACGUCCUUUCCUUCCUCUUUUCACUGGCGAGUCGUAGACCCAAUUACAGAGCAGGGAUAUUUUUGUGUGUUGCCAGCAUAUUCUCUGGGGUGUGAAUGAUUAUUUUCUAAGCUGUUGGAAGAAGGCGAAGAAAGUUUUUCCAGCAAACCGACAGCAGAUCACAGAGCGAAGUGGUGGCUGGUCCCUGGGCUCCACUUUGUUCCGCUCAGGUGUGAUUCAUUACUCCUCUCCUUAACAGAGUGGGCAGCGUUUGGCCAGGAAACAAAAUGCUGGCCAGAGAUUCUCUCCC